AUGUUGCUUGGGUGGCCUUGCUUGUCCCCUCAACAGCAACAGGAUCAGACAACGCGUUACAUGGGACAUUUACUGAUUACACACAUUAUCGAUCAGUUUAAUAUCAAUCGGAAAAUUGUUUUACAGGUGUUUCAUAGUCUUCUGAGGGCUUAUCAUUCUGACCCGAGGGAAGUAGUCAAGAAGUCCUUAGACGUUCUUACGCCUGCGAUGCCGAAACGUGUGGAUGAUGGUUGCAAGCAGAUGAUGACGUUCGUUAAGAAAACAAUUUUAGAAGAAGGUGUGGUUUGCGGCAUGGGCUUUAUGUGAACAUUGGUGGUGAGGCACUACAAAAUUUACUAUGGCGUACGCCAUUAUAUGAUUCAGUUUCUUAUGAAUGCCAUUCAUCGCCUUAUAACAAUGCAAGGUUCGCUUGAAAACCGUCGUGUUGCAAUCGAUGUUUGCGAAAUGCAAGAGGAGGCUGCUUCAUCUGGCGAAAGAAGUUUUGAACAUGUGAAUGAAGGGACGCAAGGAGUUGCAACUGGACACAGAGAUUCUACAAAUCCGGUAACGAGCACACCACCCUUAAAUGCUGCUGGUUUGCCUGGUUCUUUUUCGCAGCGUCACGAUGAAGAGAACGAGCACGUUAUUUUUUUCAUAAUAUUUCCAGUUACUACAGAAAUUGUUGGCAGGGAUGAUCACUCUUUGCAUAAAUUAUAUAUGCUUUUUAGAUAUUGGGGAGUGCAUGCUUCCUUUGGCGUUACUUUUAUGUUAUAUUUGCUUGCUCCUGAUUGGAUACGAACUUUGCACAUCAUUCUUUCCAGGCUGGAAAAACAACUUCUUGCUUCUGUCGACCCUGCUACUUUGCAACAACAUCGAGAUACUCAAAAUUUUCUGACUCACGUCUCUCUUCAAGCCCAAGCUAUCAUCGAUUUAUACACACAGCUCGUGAGCAUGCUGCCUCCCGAGACGAUGUUGAAAACAAUGCAACAAGCUCAGCGUGGAAUUGUUGCGUGCCUAAGAUCUCAACAGGCGGGAGUUUUGAGAAGUUUCUACCAACUGAUUACGAAGCUAAUGGAAAGGACAAAAAGUACACCUGAAGGACUUAUAGAAUUAGAUCUUGUAAACCAAAAUAUUGCGAAGUAUAUAAACGACACGUUUACUAACUAUGAGAAAAAUCAAGCUCAGCCUGUCACUACUAUUUAUCCGGCAAUUAACAUUCUUCGGACUAUGUGUGCUUCCCAACCGGCUUAUGUAGACACUGUUUGUUUAUCUUCUUUUCUGAAGGCGAUACAAAGGCUCGUUAAAGAUCAUAUAGCAUCAUCUGGGAAAGGAGAAAAUAAAGUUGUUCCUGCUCUUGCUGAAUUGAUUAUUUAUUCGCUUGAGUUAUUGCGACCACGCAUUCACGCUAUGCAGUCUGAAGCUCGAAGAAAUAUUGGUCUUUGUAUAUUGCAACCGCUAGUUGAGAAAGCUCAGAUUGACAGGGUCUUAGAGGUUGUUUUGAAAAUGGUUGAUGAACUUGUGAAGACGGGAGAUGAGAAGCAACCGAAUCAGGGAGUCCCCCUUUUAAUCCGGUUAACACAAGCAUUUGAAAACCAAAAUCGGCAUAGAAGCGGUGGUGAAAUGCUUCUUUAUCUUCUCAGAAUUGUUCUUAAUGUUUAUGAGACACCACAUUUGCGUUCUACCGAUGCUGCGGUUAAGCUCAGCAACGCCUUUCAUUGGGGUUUAUCUGUCCAGGACGAGGAAAUUCGCAAUCGUUUUUUCAAAGUGUUUGAUGCGCAAGUUUCGCGAAGACUGUAUGAGCGCCUUUAUCAUAUUGUUGCGCUGCAGAAUUGGGGCGAUAUGUACGACACUUUUUGGAUCAAGCAUUGUAUUAAUCUUAUGCUGCUGUCUGUGAUAGAAGAAAACAAGGAGGGAGAACAUUGUGCCCGCACUAGACUUCUAAACUGUGCUACCUUCUGGCGCUGUUUUGAGAUGUGCUUUCGGCUAAACGACUUACCCUUCGACAAUUCUGACAUGGAAGGAACAGCUAUGCAGUACAGCAUAUCCAAUGACGCAUUAUCAAUGGACUCUGUCCUUAGUUCAGCUCAGCCGGAAUCAGCGAACCCGGAUGCUGCUGUUCGCUGGAAUGACUUGCCAAUUGAAGAAGGCUGUGAUUUUCUAGAAGCAUUGAUCAGGAAGCAAAGCCAGUUGCUUUACUGGGCGGCAAGAUUUCGCAUAACUGAUGUAAUCCCGAAUUCUGAAUUGGCAUCUCAGAUCUGGAUUAAAUUAUUUACUUCGUUAUGGGGCAGUUUAACGACGUUUGAAAGAAGUAGUCUUGAAGCUGAAAUGAUGCCUUUCUUAGUUUCUGGUUGUCAUUUACCUCAACAGAGCCGUUCUUGCUCUGGUCUUAGAACUUUUAUGGAAGCCAUUUAUCGCUGCAAUCCUCCAAUCAAGUUUCAGCCUAAUGUAGUGAAAUAUGUAUCUGCAAACCAUCAUGCGUGGCAUCGUGGAAUAAUGUUGUUGGAGAAAGAUGUGCUUUCGAUACCAAAGAUGCUUGGAAACCCUCAUGUUGUGGAGCUUUUUCCGCCACCUUCGUUCGUGCACCAACUGGCUACAAUGGACAGCCUUAAAGAGCUUUAUGAAGAGUUAGAUGAGACUGACCAACUAGAAGCUUUAUGGAGUUUACGCGCGUACCAUGAUGGUACGGCACAUGCAGUUUCUCUAUGCAAUCAAGGACAUUAUAAUGAAGCAUUGCAAUUUGUAAAUUCUCUGAUGGAUGCGACAUCGGAUCGGUUGUGUGCAAGGGCUGGUGAUGCGAGUUCGGUCACUUCAGCGUUAUAUUCUGAGUACGAAGAAUGGCAAAAAAUUUGGGUCAAAUCUACAAAGGAAUUAGGUCGUUGGGAGGAUUUGCGUGAUUUUGCAAAUGCUCAACCUGUUCAAGAUCUUGGACUGCUAGCCGAAUCGAGCUGGCAUAUUCCUGAGUGGGACCUUCUUGGCGAGUGUUUAGUCCAACUAGAAGGUUGUACGCCGCCACAUUUGUUCUUUGAUGUGUGUUUAUAUAAAGCGAUGCACCUGGUGAUACACCCGAGCCUUUAUGAAGAAGAGUCGGAAAAAUUAAAAAUUAGAAUUAAAAAAUUAUUGGAUGACUGCAACGAAGAGUUGAUGAGGAAGUGGGAGCGUUUACCGAAAGUCGUUUCGCACAGCCACAUCAGUAUUUUGCAGUCGGCAAAUCGUGUUGAAGAAGUCGGUGAAGCAUCUACAUUGUCAGUAAGUGUGUUACUCGCAAAUUCACGCCAAGCGCAACACACCAACAUAAUCACAGAAAUCAAAUCUCUAAUAAAAACUUGGAGGAACAGAACGCCAACUUUGGCUGAUGACUAUUCCCACUGGAUGGACAUACAUCAUUGGCGAAUACAUCAUUUUACUGCCAUUGUAAAGCUACUCAGACGAUGGGAAACAUUCCCUUCAAAUCAAAUUCAACAUACACAUUUGGCGUUGCAUACCGCUGCAGUUUCUGAGGAGCAGUUAGCUCGGGCUGCUCGUAGAUGCGGUCUUUUUAACGUUGCUCAAGACUCUUUAAACAGGCUACACACACUUCCUGCUGUUCUUCCAGCAGACGCUAACUCUCGCGUCACAGAACAUAUAAAAUGUAUGGUUAAGAAAGCGUCUGAAUUUAACGUUACGCAACAAGAACGACAGACAGCUCUGAAUGAAGCACUUGCGAUUACCGAAAAUGUUAAACUGAAUGCGUUGAAUAAGGAACACGUCGCUAAAAUAUUUUCUCUUAAGGGCGUGGUCCUAUCUAAGCUAGGAAAGUCUGAGGAGGCCAAUCGCGCUUUUUCUGCUGCUGCUACCUUAAGCGACCCAAGUGGCGUUAAGAACUCAGUUUGGUCUCGUUGGGGAGAACAUUUGGAAAAUUUAUAUUUUAAUAACAUAUGUGAGGACACUGCUUUGGACUACGGCAUAAAUGCUCUCUCUUGCAUUUUGGAAGGUGCACGUGUGGACAAUGAAGAGAAGACCAGGAAAUACCUAGCAAGAUUCUUUUGGCUUUUUAAGAAUAUGUCGUGUCAUGGUGAAGUUGUGUGUGGAAAAAUGUAUGCCGUCGUUGAAAAAUUCGCUUGUGACAUUCCUGCUUUGAAUUGGCUAUAUUGGCUUCCCCAGCUUAUUUCUGAACUCCGGCGCAGACCAUGCCGUUCAAUCGCGACAAUAAUAUCGUACGUUGCUGAAAACUUUGAACAGCAAACAUUUUGCGCUAUUCGUUCUGCGAUGGAUUCAGCUGAUGUUGAAAGGGCAGUUCGGGAAGCUUUCAAUCAGAAGCAAGAGCUCUCCCUACCAGUUGAGGGCGCGUUUGAGGACUACGCGUUGAGAAUAGUAGCACAAAUAUGCCAUCAGCGGCCGCCCGAUAUACUAGCUCUAAGCCGAAUUUUCUCUGAGUUAGAUGCUAUUAGUGAGUCUUGAUCUUGUUUGGAAAAUCGAGAGGACGUAGCGACAGUAAUUAUUCCAAAAGAGAUAGAGAAUGAUUUAUGUCGAUGGGCACAACUGCUUUGCAAUCCUAACAACAUUGCUGAAGGCGAUGAUAGAGAGUUUAUUCGCUUUUGUACAGAGGUUCUGGCAAAAGAUCUUACAUUCCCGUCACUAGCAAGCAGGCGAGUUUUAAGGAUUGUGGCAGUGUUGGAUGGUUGGAUCUCUUCCCUUCUCACCAAACUUGGAGAUUUACCAAAAGAAAGGAUGCUUAGGGAUGUCAGUCCUUUCCUUGCAUCAUACACUUGCAAAGUUGCUAAUGUUGAAGUACUUGGAGAGGUUAUUUCUACAAAGACCAAACAGUACUCAGCAUUUAUUUCUCGUUUCAUGCCAGUGUACCAUCUUGUACAUAGGGAUGGCGUUAUUUGUCGUCGCAUAACGAUUCGUGCACUUAAUGGCAAGGAGACGUGUCGUAGAUUUCUCCAGUUUGUGAUCCCAAGAGCAGUUUAUUCUGGAACUUUUGCUUUGCUUGAGUGUCCAAAUAGAACGGACGCUUAUUAUUCGUUCAUUGAUAUUCUUAAUGACGUGGUUACUGCUAGAACUAGACUUCGUGGCGCCACUGAUAUUGUCUUGAGAUAUUGUAGUGUACUAUCAGAGUUACGAGGACAGCCUCCAGUUUCGCAACUUUUGGAUACCUAUAAGCAUUGCUGCGUAAAUUUUGUUCCAUCGGAUUUAUUGUCUGAGUGGCUGCAUGCAAGAUACAAUAAUCCGACUCAUCUUUUUACAUUACGGAAACAGUUAGCUUUACAAUUGUCCUUGUUGUGUGUUUCUGAACAUCUAUUUGCAAUGACUGCAAUGAAGCUGGAGCCAAUGGGUCUAGACUUAUCAACGGGUCAACUGUCUUAUGCUGACUUUGACUUCGCUAUUAAUUCAUCGACGAUGUCUCUUGACUGCACCAAGGUAGUUCCAUUCCGGCUAACGCCGAAUUUGGUUCGCUUUUUGGAAAUGUCAGUUGAAGGUCACUAUAAAUGUGCAAUGGUCGCCAUUGUUCGUUGUUUUUUGCAACAAAACGUUUCACUUUAUUUAAGACCCCUCCUAUGGGAUGUGUUUUCGGAUCGUUUGUUGAAUCAUGAUUUGGUGGACUCUAGCUGGUGGAAAAACGUUGAUGCUGCAGUCGCUGCAUUUGUUGAGGGUAUAGACCCUGUUUCGCGAGUGGAGGAGCUCAUGAAAGCAGCGCGGUUCGUAGAAAACUUAGCUCAUGCGGAUCCGUGUUGGCACCCUUGGUUUUAA